AUGAACAUCCGACUAGGAGUAGGCGCAGACCCCUCCCCACCCACGACGGUCCCUGUCCAGUUCUUCACAGGUGGGGCUGCUGGUCACAGGUGGGGCUGCUGGUCACAGGUGGGGCUGCUGGUCACAGGAGGGGCUGCUGGUCACAGGUGGGGCUGCUGGUCACAGGUGGGGCUCCUGGUCACAGGUGGGGCUGCUGGUCACAGGUGGGGCUGCUGGUCACAGGUGGGGCUGCUGGUCACAGGUGCCUGGUGCCUGGUGGCUGGCGCUGGUGCUGGUGCCUGGUGCUGGCGGCUGGCGCUGGUGCUGGUGCCUGGUGCUGGCGGCUGGCGCUGGUGCUGGUGCCUGGUGCUGGCGGCUGGCGCUGGUGCUGGUGCCUGGUGCUGGCUGCUGGCGCUGGUGCUGGUGCCUGGUGCUGGCGGCUGGCGCAAGUGCUGGUGCCUGGUGCUGGCGGCUGGCGCUGGUGCUGGUGCCUGGUGCUGGCGGCUGGCGCUGGUGCUGGUUCCUGGUGCUAGCGGCUGGCGCUGGUGCUGGUUCCUGGUGCUGGCGGCUGGCGCUGGUGCUGGUUCCUGGUGCUGGCGGCUGGCGCUGGUGCUGGUGCCUGGUGCUGGCGGCUGGCGCUGGUGCUGGUGCCUGAUGCUGGCGGCUGGCGCUGGUGCUGGUGCCUGGUGCUGGCGGCUGGCGCUGGUGCUGGUGCCUGGUGCUGGCGGCUGGCGCUGGUGCUGGUGCCUGGUGCUGGCGGCUGGCGCUGGUGCUGGUUCCUGGUGCUGGCGGCUGGCGCUGCUGGUGCUGGUGCUGGCGGCUGGCGCUGGAGCUGGUGCUGGUGCUGGCGGCUGGCGCUGGUGCUGGUGCCUGGUGUUGGCGUCUGGCGCUGGUGCUGGUGCCUGGUGCUGGCGGCUGGCGCUUGUGCUGGUGCCUAGUGCUGGCGGCUGGCGCUGGCGCUGGUACCUGGUGCUGGCGGCUGGCGCUGGUGCUGGUGCCUGGUGCUGGCGGAUGGCGCUUGUGCUGGUGCCUGGUGCUGGCGGCUGGCGCUGGUGCUGGUGCCUGGUGCUGGCGGCUGGCGCUGGUGCUGGUGCCUGGUACUGGCGGCUGGCGCUGGUGCUGGUGCCUGGUGCUGGCGGCUGGCGCUGGUGCUGGUGCCUGGUGCUGGCGGCUGGCGCUGGUGCUGGUGCCUGGUACUGGCGGCUGGCGCUGGUGCUGGUGCCUGGUGCUGGUUCUUGGUGCUGGUGGCUGGCGCUGGUGCUGGUGCCUGGUGCUGUUCCGCCGCCACUCCCUUCCCCCUUUUCCUCUCUCCCCCACAGCAUUCCGCCGCCACUCCCUUCCCCUUUCCCUCUCCCACCCGCAGCGUUCCGCCGCCAAUCCCUUCCCCUCCUCCCUCUCCCACCCACAGCGACCACUGCUGCACACGUGAACAGACGCGACGGGGGGGUGGGGGUGACGAGCAGGGGGCCGGGAGAAUGCGACGGGCGGAGCGAGGCGAAGGGAAGGAAGAAAACGGGACGGGGGGGAAAGGGCCGCGACGACCGCCACCGUCACCGUCCCCUUCAUUCCCGAUGCUGUCCCCCCCCCUUCCCCACUCUCGCGCAAACUCGACAGCAGGCGUAG